AUGCAUCCACAUUUACACACAAAAGACAAUAGCGCUUGCGAGGCGGUUAUGACUGCCCUUGACGAAUGCCAUGCUCGAGGUUUCUUAUGGAAAGCAGUUGGCAUGUGCAACGACGCAAAGACUCAAGUCAACAAAUGUCUACGAGCUCAGAGACUAGAGCGAACGAAGCAAAAUCGAGAAAAAGCGAAGGCCAAGAAUGAGCAGAUCAGGUCGAAGUGGGCCGAGAUCGAUUCCAACUCAUGA